AUGCCUAACACGAAGACCCAAUAUUAUGAGAAACUGCGGGAAAAGCGUCGAGUGGCACGCGAGCAUGCUCAAAAAAUACAAGAAGAAAAGAAGAGAGCACGCGAAAUGAAGGAAGAGAAAUGGACGACAAAGAAUGAGUUUGAGCUCAUUUCGGAGCACAGAAAGCUGCAAAGAGAGGAGUACAUUUCCAAGAUUCGGUGGGUUGGAGGAAUGAGAGAAAGUGGGAAUGAGCGUAUUCAGGAAGGAAGGACGGGCGAUUAUGGAGAUGGCAGUGGCCAAAAUGAAGGCGUAUGAGGAGAAGGAAGCACGUAUUGCGAAGGAUAUUGAGGAGGAAAAGGUUAAUAUAGAGAAGUUUAUUGCAGAGGUUUGUCUGAAUAUUCUUGCGAAACAGACAGUUUCCGCUUUCAGCAAUGCUCUUAUUAUGACGAGAUUCACAAGCAAAUAUCCCCUCCUAAAGAGCGAAGUGUAGAAGAAAUAAUGAAAGAAAUCGAGAAAGAAUUGAAAGAGGUAUCUGAUAUGUCUGAGGGCUUUCUAUCCCGGUGAGGUGGAAAAGUCGAGGAACGAGUGUAUAUAAGAUACACGUUUAUUCGAGAUUGAAUAAUAUAGGCAGAGGAAUACUAGACAGAAGAAUCAUUGCAGGAACUAGACUAGAAACAAGAAUGAGCAAAAGCCGUAAACUUAGGUGUUUGCGGCACCGAGAGAGUGUGUGCGCAGAGGAGGAGAGAAAGCAAGAAGAGUUUUUGUGUGUACCAGAGGGUACACAACAGUAUCGGAAAGGAACAAUAUCUAAAAGUGAAUGGUUUCAGAUAUACGAAGUAUUCCAAAGUGUAAUGGAAUUCAAUCCGAAAAUGGCAGAAUUAGAAGGGCAAGAAGAGGAAAAGGACGGCUUUUUCGCGGUUGCGAUCAGAGAAGGGAAUGCGAAUGACCUGUUUUCUUUCAGAAAGAAAUCGCGCAAUUGGAGAAGGAAUACGCAGAGAAUACGUUGAAAUGGGAAGAUUUGCAAAGGAAGAUCGCAGUGGAGAAGGCGGAAUACGAAAAAGAUUCGGUACGGUACGCGGCCAUCGGACAGGAAAAGGCAAUGGAAAAUCACAAGUUGGAGAAGCAGAUAAAGGCGUUGGAGGCGAAAAUAGGGUUCAUGAAAAUGGAUACGGAAGAAGCGGAAGAGGUGAGAAAAGAGGAAGUGGAAGAAGAAAUGAAAGGAAUGUUUCAGAUAGAGAAACUGAAAGAGAGAAUUGAAGAAGAGACGAGAAGAGAGCACGAGAUUCUGAAAGCGUUGAAGGAUUUGGAAGAAACAAUCAGGAAGAGUAAGGAAAAGAAAGCAAAUGAGAAGGCACGGAAGGAGGAUCAGAAGAAGGAGGACAAGGAGAAGGAGAAGGAGGAAGCCAAUGGGAAAUAG